CAAAAUCAGUCGUUUCUUGUUUAUUUAUCUCGUCUCGUACAACUUUUGCCUCAAAAAUAAUUAUUUCAAAUUGAAAUUUUCAAUAUUAUUAAGUAUUAAGCAAGACGAAUUAAUAUUUCCACUGCCAUUGGAACAAUUAAAUAAGCAAUGGAAGAAUUAUCCCAACUUGUGGAUGGUGUUCUUGAAGCCAAGUCGAAUACGGAUUGCGGUAUGCGGUCAGUUAUCUUGCCUUAUCGGGAACGUUGUAAAUACACCUUUGGCGAAAAGUACACCUCGUGGGAGGCGCAGGGCAAAUUUGUUUUUUUAAAGGCCAACGACGACAAAUGGAACUGGAUUCCGAACUCCCUCAUGGAAAUUUCGUGCGAAAAUGACAAAUACUGGGUCAAACCUCUCAAGGGAAACACAAUUUUGCAGAACGGCGAAAACCUUGAUAAUGAGGUCAGAACUCGACUCGAGUUUGGCGACGAAUUAGCCUUUCCCAAACAUCGUAACGGCAUUUCUGGCGGACUUGCCAUCUUUCUUUUUAAGGAACGGGAAUUCGUCACAAAUUGGGACAACAGUGAAGAGGUGGUGAUUCUCAAGGUGCCAGAGAAUACGGACGAAUUAACCUUUACACCAGAUGAAAAUCAGUUGAUAUUCUCCCAUAUUCUCUCCUAUCUCCCCCUGGGGAGCAUGAAGAACGCUCGACUAGUUUGUAAACACUGGGAUGAACAAAUCUCUCCAAUCUUGCGCAAGAAAUCCCUCAUUCAUUUUGACGCUGAAUCAAAUUCUUUCAACGCUUCCCUCCAAUUUUCAAGAUACCUCCAUGAAAUGCAGAACGUCGCACCCUGGACAAACUGGAAGAUAACCUAUCCAGACUUACCAGCUAGUGGGGAAGACGAAGGAAAAUGGGGGGACAAGUAUAUCGGUGAUUUGUACUGGUUUCUCAACCCCCGCAGAGGACACCACGUCAAGAGUUUGUCCUUGAAAGGGGGCAUUUGCUCCAACUGUGAUUACUACAUAUUUCUCGUGGCUGUAACCCAGUUUAAGGACACCCUGGAAGAACUGCGUCUCGACUUUGGCAUGGCGAUUUUAAACCGAAAUGGAACCGAGAUCGAAUAUGAAUCGAGUCCCAUCAUUUUCAAAAAGCUGAAAAAGUUUUCACUGCAGCUGAGCUUAUUUAAUAGCCGACUCAUUGGAGGAUUGACUGCGACGUGGAUGAAAAGCUGGGCAGAUUCGGUUACCGGGGUCGAGUCCAUCUCUACUCUGGGCGAUGCUUCUCUUGGAUCACGAUUUGUCCGGAAGUUACAAAUCCAUGAAAAUUAUCAUAAUCUGCGCGAUAUCCUGCUAACUUGCAAGGCAGAGGAUGGACUCGAUUUUCUCACCGAGUUGAACCAACCCCUGAAGAAGUUGACGUUCACGCUUCCUCUGGAAAAUCAACAUCUUCCAGAUUUUGAGAGAUUGCUCGAGAAAUUCGCCGGUUCCCUGGAAUUGUUGAGUUUCCGCAUCUCCACGCAAGGCCUGGAAGAAUUUUCUGAGUUCGUCCUGAAGUUUCCAUAUUUUCCGAAACUGAAAAGCUUGGACUUUCACUUUGGGGACUUUGAGAAUAAGAACCAUUACGAAGAAGUUGGGGAUUGGAUGACUUGUAAAGUCAAGGAAGUGGCCAGAUUAAGCGUCGCAUUCCCUUCACUGCGUCCUAUCGAGUACGAGCGACACUUCCCCGCGAUUCGUUCCCUCAUCGUGAAGCCAGAAUUUAAUGAUACUACGUCUGAUUUUUGGAGAACGUAUUACGACCUCAUUGACAGCUUGCGGCCCAUGGAAGGACAAAUUUGUAAAACUCUGCAACAUUUGGAACUCCCGACCCGUGAUGACAGUUACUCUCUGCCGCUUUUCUUGGGAGACGUAUUCCCAAAUGCCAGGAACGAAUGGAUGAACAGAUUACGAAGGUGUGAGGGACAAUUAAAGAAUUGACUGGUUAUUGGCUUAGAUUUGAAUUGACAUUUAUUGCUAUGUAAUUCGCAGUCCAUUACGUGUUGAGUAGUUUUGUAAGAGGAUGAAUUUUUUAAAUCUUGUAUUCAUGAUGAACUAGUUAAUUUUGCGAUAAUAAUUAUAUGAUUGAUGUGUUUGUAGUUUUUGUUACUAGCAUUCAUUAUGGACACGUGUGUUAUCGGGGAAUAAAUAUGUUACAAAAUUAAUA